AUGGGUAUUCCGGCUGCGUUCCGAUGGCUCUCCAACAAGUAUCCCAAGAUUAUCUCGCCUGUGGUCGAGGAGCAGCCUGUCACCAUGGACGAUGGGACCGUUGUUCCCGUCGACACGACGCGGCCCAACCCGAACGGCGAGGAAUUCGACAACCUUUACCUCGACAUGAACGGCAUCGUGCACCCUUGUUCCCACCCCGAAGACAGGCCUGCGCCCAAAGAUGAGGAGGAAAUGAUGCUGGAGGUUUUCAGGUACACAGAUCGUGUCGUUAACAUGGUGCGCCCGCGGAAGCUGCUCAUGAUCGCUGUCGACGGUGUUGCGCCGCGCGCCAAAAUGAACCAGCAGAGGUCGCGCCGCUUCCGUUCCGCCCAGGAAGCCAAGGAGAAGGAGGCCGACAAGCAAGAACUCCUGAAGCUGGUUAAGCAGCAGAACGGAGGCGUCCUGCCACCGGAGCACGCCGAGACUGUCGCCAAAAGGGCCUUCGAUACCAACUCCAUCACCCCCGGCACCCCCUUCAUGGACAUACUCGCCUCCAGCCUGCGCUACUGGUGCCAGUACAAACUCAACACCGACCCGGCCUGGGCCAAGCUCAAGGUCAUCAUAUCCGACGCGACUGUGCCUGGCGAGGGCGAGCACAAGAUCAUGUCGUACGUCAGGUCGCAGCGCGCCUCCCCAGACCACGACCCGAAUACGAGGCACGUCAUAUACGGCCUGGACGCCGAUCUCAUCAUGCUGGGCCUUGCCACACACGAGCCUUACUUCAGGGUCUUGCGCGAAGACGUCUUCUUCCAGGACAGCAAGGCCAGAACCUGCAAGCUGUGCGGCCAGAAAGGCCACGAGGCGCGCAACUGCCGUGGCGAGGCAAAGGAGAAGAACGGCGAUUUUGACGAGAAGGACAACGCCUUAACACUGAAGCCGUUUAUUUGGCUCCAUGUCUCUGUGCUGAGAGAGUACCUUGCCGCCGAGUUGGCUGUUCCCGGGUUACCAUUCCGCUUUGACCUGGAGCGUGCCAUUGACGACUGGGUAUUCAUGUGUUGCUUUGUCGGCAACGACUUCCUGCCUCAUCUCCCUGCCCUGGAGAUUCGAGAGCAUGGCAUCGACACCUUGACAGCUAUCUGGCGCGACAACCUUGCGUUCAUGGGUGGGUACGUCACCAAGGAUGGCCAUAUCGACUGGACUCGCGCUCAGUGUAUCUUGGACGGACUGGCGAAACAAGAGGACGCCAUAUUCAAGCGGCGGAAAGAGCAAGAGGAUCGACGCGAGGCCAGUUUCAAGCGAAGAAAGCUUCAGCACAACGGGCCUAGCGGCCCCCCCGUUGGGCGUCAGGGCCCCGGCGGACCGCGAAUGGGCGGCCAUCAAGACCCGUCUCGUGGUCUGCAGCUCCAUCCCAUUGCCUCGUUCCCCAAGGAGCCGCCGCAGGCUAUCACGCAUGACAUGAUCGUCAACCGCAGUACCAAGGACGCUACCAUGGCCAACAAGAGCGCCGCAAGCGUCCUCAAGGAUCAACUGCGCGGUGUACAACGACCUGCGGAGCCAGACGCCCAGGAACCACCACUGUCGCCGUCGAGUCUCGGAAAACGCAAGGCGUCUGGGCUGGACGACGCUACGAAGCAGCCGAGCAACGGGUCCGGGGCCGCUUCCUCAUCUGAGCCCGGCGUUGAGCCAGUCGACACCGUCAGAUUAUGGGAGGAUGGAUAUGCGGACAGGUACUAUCAGCAAAAGUUCCACAAAAGCCCAGAGGACAUUGCUUUCCGUCGCGAGGUGGCCCGGGCCUACGCCGAAGGGCUUGCCUGGGUGCUCCUGUACUAUUUUCAGGGCUGCCCAUCUUGGGACUGGUUUUAUCCGUACCACUACGCACCGUUCGCCGCGGACUUCAAGGACCUCGCCAGCCUGGAUAUCUCUUUCGACCAAGGCUACACAUCCAGACCGUUCGAACAGCUCAUGAGUGUGCUUCCCGCCGCAUCUCGCCAUGCCCUGCCAGAGGUGUUUCACAGCCUCAUGACCGACAAGGACAGCGAGAUCAUCGACUUUUACCCAGAGGAGUUUGAGGUCGACCUGAAUGGCAAGAAGAUGGCUUGGCAAGGCGUCGCUCUGUUACCCUUCAUCGACAUGAGCCGACUUCUCGCCGCUGUUCAGGGCAAAUACCCGCUGCUGAGCCCGGCAGAUGCAGCACGGAACGGCGUGGGCCGCGAUGUUCUCAUUUUCUCGGAUGGCAACGAGGGUUUGUAUGACGAUGUCUUGACCAAGUUUUACUCCAAACGCCAAGCAGCGUCCAAGGCUAAGCUCAAUCCGAAAACAAGCGAUGGCAUGGCAGGCAAAGUCGAGAAGCUCCCGGAAUAUGUGCCCCACGGAGCACUGCGAUAUCCUCUGGACAGGCGUGCGAUGCCGGAUCUGGAUUAUGAUCGCUCUGUCAGUGUGUACUAUGACAUCCCACAGUCUGCGCAGACGCACAAGUCCAUGCUUCUCCGUGGGGCGGAAUUGCCCCCUCCUGUCCUUUCGAGGAGCGACAUUGAAGUCAUCCAGGAUUAA